UAUACAUUCCAUAGCCAUCAUUUUUUGUUACAACUUCGAAAACCAGAGUAUAAGAAAAGCUCUAAAGUUUGUUCUAUAAAAUAUUAUUUUACGUACAUAUGGGGUGGUUUGUGUUUCAUUCCAUGUGUUUGUUUCUUUUUGUUUUUCCUUCAUGGGUUUCUUCAUUGGUGCCAUUGUGCAACCAUGAUGAUUCCUCUGCCUUGCUUGAAUUCAAGAAUUCUUUUAGUCCUAAUGUUUCCUUCAUUAGGGAGGAAUGUGAGCCUGCUUACAAUCCAAGGACAAAAUCAUGGAAAAAUGGUACGAAUUGUUGCUUGUGGGAUGGAGUGAGUUGUGACACAAAAUCAGGCUACGUGAUUGGCAUCGACCUUACUUGCGGUUCACUUCAAGGUAAACUUCAUCCCAAUAGCACUCUCUUCCAUCUUCAUCAUCUUCAAACAUUGAACCUAGCUUUCAAUGAUUUUUCCAAGUCUCAAAUAUCUUUUGGAUUCAGUAAUCUUAAAGCUCUCACACAUCUAAACUUAUCUUCCUCUUGUUUUCAUGGUGUUAUUUCUACCAAAAUCUAUCGUUUGUCAAAAUUAGUUUCGCUUGAUCUUUCAGAGUUAGAUGGAACUAUAUUUGAACAAUCAACCUUCAAAAAGUUCAUUAAAAAUACAACUGACUUAAAGGAGCUUUUGCUUGACAACAUAGACAUGUCUUCAAUUAAACCAAGCUCUCUGUCUUUGCUUGUAAAUUAUUCAGCCUCUCUAGUCUCCCUUAGUCUAGAAGGUAACAAAUUGCAAGGGAAGUUAGCAAGCAACCUGCUUCAUUUACCUAAUCUUCAAUUUCUUAAUCUAGCUUCGAAUUUUAAUCUCAAAAGUGAACUUUCAAAAGUUAAUUGGAGUACUUCUCUCGUGCACUUGGAUCUCUAUGAAACUUCUUUGUCAGGAGUCAUUCCUCCGUCUUUUGGGAACAUAACCCAACUAACUUUUUUGAAUCUUGGAGCAAACAACUUUAGAGGGGAGAUCCCUGAUUCAUUUGGUAAGCUUAGCAAACUACAACUGUUACGUCUUUACCAAAACCAAUUGGUAGGCCAAUUGCCAUCAUCAUUGUUUGGUCUAACUCAACUUGAACUUUUAUCUUGUGGGGACAAUAAAUUGGUUGGCCCUAUUCCAAAUAAAAUUAGCGGACUUUCAAAUUUAAAAUAUUUAUAUUUGUCCAAUAAUUUACUGAAUGGUACAAUUCCACAAUGGUGUUAUUCUUUAUCAUCAUUAUUAGAGUUAUAUCUCAGUGGAAACCAGUUUACAGGGCCCAUUGGUGAAUUCUCUGCUUAUUCUUUGACAGAAGUUGAUCUUUCUCAUAAUAGGCUACAUGGUAAUAUUCCAAACUCAAUGUUUGAUAUGAAAAAUCUGGUAUUAUUGGACCUAUCAUCAAAUAACUUGAGUGUAGCUUUUCACAAAUUUUCAAAGCUAUGGAUUCUGCAUUACCUUUACCUUUCUCAAAUUAAUCUUAUCCCUUUUAGCUUACACAAUGAAAGUGACUUCACCUUACCCAACCUUCUUGGAUUAAGUUUAUCAUCAUGCAAACUCAAGAGUUUCCCAAGCUUCCUCAAUGAGUUAAAAACUCUUGAGAAUUUAGAUCUAUCUUACAACCAAAUCAAUGGAAGGGUUCCAAGCUGGUUUAAUAAUUUGGGAAAUGGAACUUUGUCUUCUUUAGACCUUUCUCAUAACCUUCUUACAUCAACUGGGAAUCUCUCACAUAUGAACAUUUCUUAUAUUGAUCUAAGCUUUAACAUGUUGGAAGGAGAAAUUCCACUUCCACCAUUUGGCACUUCUUUCUUUUCAAUCUCAAACAACAAGUUGACUGGAGAUUUAUCUUCAAGAAUUUGCAAUGCUAGAUCCCUCGAGAUACUCAACCUGUCUCACAACAACUUCACUGGCAAGCUUCCACAGUGCAUUGGAACUUUCCAAAAUCUUUCAGUUUUAGAUCUACAAAAGAACAACCUUGUUGGAAUCAUACCCAAAAUCUAUUUUGAGAUGAGAGUUUUAGAGACUAUGAUUUUGAAUGGAAAUCAAUUGACGGGACCAUUACCUCAUGUUAUUGCCAAAUGGAAAAAACUGGAAGUUUUGGAUCUAGGAGAAAAUAACAUAGAGGGCUCAUUUCCUAGUUGGUUAGAGUCUCUCCCAGAGUUGCAAGUCCUUGUUUUACGUGCGAAUAGGUUCAAUGGUACCAUCUCAUGUUUGAAAACCAACCAAACAUUUCCUAAGUUGAGGGUUUUUGAUGUCUCCAACAAUAAUUUUAGUGGCUCUUUGCCCACAACGUACAUCAAAAACUUUAAAGGAAUGGUGAUGACUAAUGUGAAUGAUGGCUUGCAAUAUAUGAUUAAUUCAAAUAGAUAUAGCUACUACGAUUCUGUUGUGGUCACAAUAAAAGGGUUCGAUUUAGAGCUAGAGAGGAUCUUGACUACUUUCACAACUCUUGAUUUAUCAAAGAAUAAAUUUGAAGGAGAGAUUCCAAUAAUCAUUGGAGAGUUGAAGUCACUCAUAGGACUUAAUCUUUCAUUUAAUAAAAUCACUGGUCCUAUUCCACAAUCCUUUGUUGGUUUGGAAAAUCUGGAAUGGUUGGACCUCUCCUCAAAUAAACUCACAGGUGAGAUUCCUGAGGCAUUGACCAAUCUUUACUCUCUUUCAGUAUUAAACCUCUCAUUGAACCAGCUGGAGGGAGCCAUACCAAGUGGGAACCAGUUCAAUACAUUUCAGAAUGAUUCCUAUAAGGGAAAUCCAGAGCUUUGUGGGCUUCCUUUGUCAAAACCAUGUCACAAGUAUGAAGAACAGCCAAGAGAUUCAAGUUCAUUUGAGCAUGACGAAGAAUUUUUAUCUGGAUGGAAAGCUGUGGCUAUUGGAUAUGCUAGUGGAAUGGUAUUUGGAAUACUAUUGGGUUACAUUGUAUUCCAAAUUGAAAAACCACAAUGGCUAAUUUGGUUUGUUGAAGAUAUUGCCUGUCUAAUACAAAGGAAGAGGAGGAGCCAAAAGUUUCGCGCGAAUAAAAGAGGAUAGAAUUUGUAUUUUAGUGUCAGUUCAAUGAAAAUAAUUUGAAUUUGUAACUUCAUAUAAAAUAGUUCAAAUCUUCACUAGUUGUAAAAUGGCUACCACAAUUAUUAAUAAUAAUUUCUCUUUUAUCAAAUAA